AUGGGAGGUGGACGCGUUUUGUGUUUAGUUUUAACGAUAUUCAUAUCGACAACACAGUGCAAAGUAUUCACAAGGUGUCAACUCACCCGUGAAUUAUUAAAAGCAAAUUUCCAUCAAAAGACUUUUCUUAGCAAUUGGGUUUGUUUAAUUGAACAAGAGAGUGGAAGGAAUACAACAGCACUCAAUGUUAAAUCAGCAAGAAAGCAGUAUUAUGGAUUAUUUCAAAUUGGGAAUGAAUAUUGCAAAGAAGGCCGAAAAGGAGGUAAAUGCAAUGUCGCGUGUGAAGCAUUACUCGAUGACGACAUAAGAGAUGACUGCUCGUGCGCACUGCAAGUUUUCGAGGAGGAAGGUUUUAAAUAUUGGAGCAAAUGGGAGAACCGCUGUAAGGGGGAACGACUGCCUGACAUUGAAAAAUGUCCAGACUGGCAGUAUCCACCACGAGCAUCACCAGACAGAUUCAAAAGAACACCACUGAGGAGUAGACUAACGGAACCUUACCCUUAUAAUAUCUUAACUAAAUACCAAAGACUAAAACGUAGAAAGUAA